AUGCCCCGCGACACACAGAUGGUCAAGCAAGCCUGCGAUGCCUGUCGACGUCGGAAGGUCAAAUGCAAUGCCCAAAGACCUUGCAGCCAGUGUCGAUCGGCCCGGCUAAACUGUCGAACAUCGCUGAUCCGACGGAAGAAAGGACGGCAGGGCCAGUCGGCCAACGUUCUCACUGAACUGCGCACACAGAAUGCUCAAGAAAAUGAGCCAUCUAACCCUACGAUUGCAAGUCCAACAGUGGCCGAUUCUCCUGUGGCUUCAAGUAGCGGACGAUGUCGAUUUGCGCGCAAGGAAAAUCUCCUUCCUGGGGAGCUGAUCCGGGAUUGCUCCGAGUACUUCUUCGCGCGCAUGCAAGGCACAGUUCCCAUUCUACAGGCGGAAGUUUUCCAGAGAUACGUGGACCAGAUGGAUCAUUGUAUUCAUGCGUAUUGCUUGGUGGUUUCCUUUUGUGCCUUUGUCAUGAUGCAGACGGGGUAUUCCUCAUCCCAAGCUGCAGGCUCGAGGUGGGCCCAGAGUAUGGACACUGGGCGCGAAUUGCUCGAUGAAGCGACUGAGGCGCGGAGGCAUCUUGAUCCGCUCACUCGUCCUGUCCGGCAGAGCAUCACCAUCGCUUUUCUUUUGUACGGCUGUCAUAUUGCGCUGGGGAACCAGCGCCAUGCGUACUAUUUCCUGCGGGAAGCCACCACCUUGUACACGGCUGGCAUGCUGGAUACUCAAUCAGGCACAUUAAACGGCGAUGAAGCAGAUUCCUCCUUGGCCGGCAAGCUCUUCUGGCUGCUUCUGAUAUCCGAACGAGCCCAUGCCAUUCGAAGACAUCGGCCCGUCACCCUACAAAUUACCGCCAACAGUCCGGCUCUAGAAGAUGCCUCACCUCAAGACGCAGCCGAUAUUGGAUUUCGCUGUCUCGCUGACCUCUAUCGCCCGUUCGACGAGUCGUUCCUCGGGCUCUGGAACGGUACGCAUGCCACAUGCUCCCGCGAGUCCCUCAUCCGGCUCGACGAACAUAUUUGCAAUGCUGUUCCUCCCGACCUCGAGCUUCCCGAUAUCCCAAUGGCGGACCUCCGUGUCUCGCAGCAGUGGCUGCGAACCAUGAUCUGGCAGUUAUCCACCACGGCGGGGUUUCUGUCCAGCAAAGCCAGCUAUCCGUGCAUGGAAUUUCGGUAUCCGCUGCAGAUCGCCCGAGACCUCUCUUUGGCGACGUGGAAGUUGUCAACGCAGAGUAUGGAAACUCAUGGGAUUGGACUGAUCGAGAAAAUCUUCGAAGUAGCCUGUACGCUCACCGAUGUAAUGGCUUGUCUAUCGACGGUGGGACUGCGCUCGUCGGGGUUCAACCUAGGCCCGCAGGAUUACUUGAAGCAUUUCUUCUCGCUCGUGCACAGGCUCCCUGGUGGACGACAACGGUUUCUGCCAUUGCUGUUGACAAAGGUGGGACAAACACUGCCGUCCAUGCUGCAGCCCAUUACGCAGCAUCUGAAUCUCCCAGCAGCUACCGUGGAGACUUCUGUACUGGCCCAGAAAGCCGACUCGGAGCUCUUUGGUGACAUGUGGCCAGACGACCAAUCGUACAGUGAUUUCAACUUCGCUGAGAUGAGUCGGAUUGGAGACAAGACGCCGGAAAUUGACGAUUCGUUCAUGCAGUAUUUGCAAUCAAUUUCUUGA